AUGGGUCGGGGGAAGAUAGAGAUAAAGAGGAUAGAGAACUUGAGCAACAGGCAGGUGACCUACUCCAAGAGAAGGAAUGGAAUCAUCAAGAAGGCCAAAGAGAUCACUGUGCUUUGUGAUGCUCAGGUCUCCCUCAUCAUCUUUGCCAGCUCUGGCAAGAUGCAUGACUACUGCAGCCCUUCCACCACGCUGCCUGAUAUACUGGAGAAGUAUCACAAGCAGUCUGGUAAGCGCCUCUGGGAUGCUAAACAUGAGAACCUGAGCAAUGAGAUUGAUAGGAUGAAGAAGGAGAAUGACAACAUGCAGAUUGAACUCAGGCACCUAAGAGGAGAGGACAUCACAUCACUGAACUACAAGGAGCUGAUGGUGCUGGAGCAAGGCCUUGAGAAUGGCCUCGCCGGAAUCCGUGACAAGGGGAUGGAAUACUACCGCCAGAAGAAGAAGGAAGAAAAGGAGCUGGAAGAAGACAACAAGCGCCUCAACUUCAUCGUGAUGCAGCAGCAGGAGGAAAUGGGGAAGAGGCAGCAAGAGAUGGCAAUGGAAGAUCACCAUCACCAGCAGCAGCAGCAUCACCACCAUGUCAUGGAAAACAAUGGCGGCGGCGGUGGAUACCAUCCUCACCAUUCACAGCACAGAGCUGCUGCUGCUGCUGUCAACUACAACAAUGGCGGUGGUAACAACGGCAAUAAUGUGAACUCCCAGAUGCCAUUCUCGUUUCGGGUUCAGCCGAUCCAGCCCAAUCUCCAUGAGAGGAUCUGA